AUGGCUGUUGAAAAACCUAAGACUGUCUCUUAUGAUGUAAAGGCUUUGGAUGCUGCUGCAGCUCAUGUUGCAAAUUUGUUAUCAACAGAGCCCGCUGACAUUAAACUUGGUAUCGGAGGUUUCAGUAUGGGUGCAGCAACCUCUUUAUACUCCGCGACCUGUUUUAUUCACGGAAAAUAUGGAAAUGGAAAUCCAUAUCCUGCCAACUUGAGCGCAGUUGUUGGACUUAGUGGAUGGCUUCCAUGUUCAAAGACAUUGAAAAGAAAAAUAGGACAGGAGGAAGCUGCAAGACGCGCUACAUCCUUGCCCAUUUUGCUAUGCCAUGGAAAAGGAGACGAGGUGGUUCCAUAUAAAUUUGGUGAGAAAUCUUCUCAAGUACUAAGUUCGAACGGAUUUCAGAACACGAUCUUCAAAUCAUACGACGGGUUUGGUCACUAUACUAUCCCGGAGGAGAUGACAGAGGUCUGCGCUUGGUUAAAUUCGAAGCUGCGGUUCGACGGUAAAUCAACUUAAGUAUGUAAUUUGAAGAAUGUUUUAUUUAUUGGGAGGUGUUUAUGGUAUAGUGAAUAAUUUUCCAUGCCUGGAUUGAUAACUUCUCUUGCUACUUUGGCAUAUUGCUUACUUAUUGAUAAUGGCAUCGGCCUU